UUUACUUUCGUUAUUAGCAAACGCAGCUGUGAACCAAAAUACCCUCCUUUAAAUAGGUAGUUCCGGGUCACUCAUUCACACGUACAUUACCAUCGAUAUGCCUAAUCUUGCGUCUGCCCGGUAUGGCAAGGACAAUGUCCGCGUUUGCAAGGUCCAGAGAGAUGAGAAGACCGGCGUUCAGACCGUGACGGAGAUGACAGUGUGCUGCCUGCUCGAGGGCAAGAUCGAGACAUCAUACACCCAUGCAGACAACAGCGUCGUAGUCGCCACCGACUCAAUCAAGAACACAAUCUACAUCAAGGCCAAGGAACACCCCGUAAACCCGCCAGAGGUCUACGCCAGCCACCUGGGGCAGCACUUCCUCGACACAUACCCGCACAUCACCGCCGCGCACAUCAACGUGGUGGUGCACCGGUGGACGCGGAUGGCGGUGGACGGCGCCCCCCACCCGCACAGCUUCUUCCGCGACGGGCAGGAGACGCGCAACGUCGAGGCCACGGCGGCGCGCGGGGCGGGGAUCGACCUCAAGAGCAGCAUCGCGGGCCUGUCGGUGCUCAAGAGCACGGGGUCGGCCUUCCACGGCUUCGUGCGCGACGAGUUCACCACCCUGCCCGAGACGUGGGACCGCAUCCUGUCCACCGACAUCGACUGCACCUGGGCCUGGAAGCGCUUCCCGACCGCCGCCGCCGUGGAGCAGGGGGCGGAUCGCUUCGACGCCGCGUGGGAGAGCGCCCGCGGCAUCAUCAUGAAGACGUUUGCCGUCGACGAGAGCGCGUCGGUGCAGAAUACCAUGUACAAGAUGUGCGAGCAGAUCCUGGAGGCUGUGCCCGAGGUUGACAAGGCCGGCUUCGCGCUGCCGAACAAGCACUACUUUGAAAUUGACCUCAGCUGGCACAAGGGCAUCAAGAAUACGGGCAAGGACGCCGAGGUGUAUGCGCCGCAGUCAGGGCCCAACGGCCUGAUCAAGUGUGAGGUAUCCCGUGAUACCGCCACUUUGGCACACAGGUGAGAAAGGUGCAUGGCAACGGAACAGGGGAAUAUUUCUUUGGCAUAUCCGAUGUGAGAAACACUGGCGUGCUCUCGAUCUUGGCAUGUUCGUGCUCUAUGAGCCCGACCGGCAUUUGGCGUAGCGAAUUGACAUUUGAUGCAUAUGAUAUCAACAAGGGCCAACG